AUGGCUACAGCUACGUAUCCGCCCUACAAAGAUUACUCUGAGAACCCUAACUCUGCUCCGUCUCCAAGUGAAGGAACCUACGUUUGUUUCGGUGGCAAUUAUUCUACGGAGGAUGUUCUUCCAAGCUUGGAAGAGCAAGGAGUGCCACAGCUUUAUCCCAAUGAUUCAAUUGUUGAUUACAAGAAGGAACUCCGGUCUUUAAAUAGAGAGCUACAGCUACAUAUACUGGAGCUUGCUGAUGUUCUCGUUGAGAGGCCUUCUCAAUAUGCCAAGAGAAUUGGUGAUAUAUCCUCAGUCUUCAAGAACUUGCAUCACCUUCUUAAUUCCCUGAGACCUCACCAGGCGAGAGCAACCCUUAUUCACAUUAUGGAACUUCAAAUUCAACAGCGGAAGCAAGCUGUGGAAAACAUUAAGAGGAGGAGAGAAGAAGUACAGCGACUUCUAAAGGAUGCUUUCAUCACUUUAGAUGGACUAUAGAGUUUUUUUACCCAUUUCAUGCAAAACUUAUUUCUCUGAUUGCGACCUUCCAAGUUUAUUCGACCAAGACUUGAGUAGAUACAGUGUACAUGGAAUGUAUUAUACCAGAAUUAACCGCUU